GUGGGCUAACUUUCACUACCGCUGUUGAUCCCGGAUUCACUGGAGGCCGAUUCGUUACUGCACAGAAGGACAGGACCUCAGUCGGGAUUCACUGCAGAAAAACCUCCUGCAACUUUUCGGGGAGUGACUCAUUGGAUUUUCCUGUGGGUAGAAAGUCUUUUCUACCAUGAACCAAACUUGGGACAAGGGUGUUUUUGAGAACGGACAGUCAAAAAAUCCAGGGAAUGUUGGGAAAGCGUGCGCGGAGCACCUCCAGAGUACCUCAGGAGAAAAGCUUGAUAAUAAGUCUGCUCCUCUGGGAGGUGCUCAUGGUGGAGUGGGUCAGAACCUGCUGCUGAGUCCUGCAGGUCUUCAGCUGGCUCAGCUUCAGGCCCAGCUCACCCUUCACCGCCUCAAACUUGCCCAGACCACUAAUACUGCUGCCGCAGCUUCUGUCCUAAACCAGGUCCUUUCCAAUGUGGCCAUGUCCCAGCCUCUCUUCAACCAUCUUCGGGGUUCAAGUAUGGCCCAGGCCCACGGCAGAGCCUUUCCGCCUCCACCAAUAGCCUUCCCACCCCCAAAUGCUGGCCUAGGACAACUGGUUGGGGGUGGCUUUAACCCAAAUCCCACUGGGAUCAGGCCCACUGCCUACAGUGGGAUGUCCAACCAGAAAGCUAGUCAGCACAAUGAUUUCGGCAAAAAGCCUGGAACAUAUUCGUCGGACACGGACCGACGCUUGCAGUUUGGAUAUCUGGGAGGUACGUCAGUGGUCGUUAAUAAACCAUGUGAUGGAGGACAGUAUGGUGGAGCCACUACACAACCCAGAAACAAUGUCCACAGCAAUUUUCAGAGAGACUUCUACUCCACAGAAACACCAGUACAACAAACUUGUUUCAUGGGAGGAAGCAACGAUCAGAAUCUAGGAUCUGUUUCUUCAUCAGCCACUAAGGAGCAAUGGAAAGGUCCGAUCAACUUGGGGAAGAUGGAUAUGGGUAAAGGACCAGGUCCUGGUGGUUGGGUACCACCUGGACCAGGGUUUGUGGGUCAGAGGGCAGAGUUGUAUAACCCUGAGGAACCCACAGCAGAUCCUAAGUUUAACUCUACAUGUGGACCAGGGACUGGUCCACCCAUCGGGCAGCAAGGGGGAUUUCAACAGCAGCCACAGGUUUCUCAAGGGGAAGAAGGGGUGACCUUGUCGUUACAACCCCACCAGUUCAAUGACUAUCAUGGGACGACUCCUUUACACCUACCCCAUCAGUGCACCAUUUGUGAAAAGAAGGUUUACAACUUGAAGGACUGGGACCAGCAUGUGAAGGGCAAGUUACAUCUGCAGAACUGUUCGCUUUACACUGAAAGCCCGCCGCUCGGAGCAGUGCACUUUCCAGUGUCGUCUGAAGGAUGUCUCAACAUGGCGUUGAGUAACACUAUGGCAUACACAUCAGCUGCCGGUCAAGAUGUUUCAACUGGAAGUGCUUCAUAUUUGCCUGCCACAGCCAUGCCGUUUCCUCUCUCAGGGCCGGGAUUUACUUCAGGGGCAAAGUUUCUUCAGCGUAAGGCGUGUCCCGGGCGCGUGGUCCACAUCUGUAAUCUCCCAGAGGGCAGCUGCACGGAGAAUGAUGUCAUCAACUUGGGGCUGCCCUUCGGCAAAGUGACCAACUACAUCCUCAUGCGCUCGACGCAUCAGGCUUUUCUUGAAAUGGCGUACGUGGAGGCGGCUCAGGCCAUGGUUCAGUAUUACCAGCUGCAGCCGGCCACAGUCAACGCACACAAGCUCCUGAUCCGCAUGUCCAAGAGAUACAAGGAGCUGCAGCUGAAGAAACCAGGUAAAGAUGUCGACUCAAUCAUCCAUGACAUCAAUUCCCAGAGAGAGCGAGAUGAGGUGCAGGAGACUGACAGGUACCUCCCAGAACGUGCAAGAUCUCGCAGCCCAGUCAGUCGUUCUCUGAGUCCGCGCUCCCACAGUCCGAGCUUCACUUCAUGUAGUUCUGCACACAGUCCCCCGCGGCCUGACUGGAGCAACGGCAUGGGGCCGCGCCGGGCCUCUUGGGACUGGACGUCCCAUUCCCGAGGCGACGAGGACCCCCGUGAGAGAGACGACUGGAGGAACGACAAAGAGGAGAGAGCCAACGGGUGGCUGUCUGAGCGCAGGAAACCCUACCUUAAAACCGGGGACCGGAUCAGCCCCCGGAUGGGGCACGGGGACGAGCGGGGCAGGGACUGGUACCCCCGCGGGAGUCCUCAGGGUUCCUCCUUCUCCUCCUACCACUCCAUAGAUGACUUUUACAAGAAAGACUCACUGUACAAGGCUGAUAAACAGAGCAGGCCGCAACAUCACAGACAUGAAGGUAAAACUAAGAGACGGGACGGUGGAGACUAUCACAGGCCGAGACACUCGGAGUCAGACGUGGCGGACGACACCGGCUCCAACCGGAUAGAUGAAGACCGAGGACGCAGCAAGAGGUCGAGCCGGAGACGAGAGGAGGAGGAGAAAGAGUCCCAAAAUAAGAAGGAAGAACAUAGAGCAAAAGAAAGAUCAGCGUCUCCUCAUAACAGCAAACCUGCAGAGUCCUCAAAGUGUGACAGUGAGGGACCGGAAAGUGGAGAUGAUGGAGAGGAGGAGAGCUGGUAUCCUAAAAGCAUGGAGGAACUGGUUACCGUAGAUGAAGUUGGAGGAGAGGAUGACUCUAUAGUUGAACCUGAUCUACCUGACCUUCAAGAGGAGGACCGGAGAGUUGAGCCCAGUCAGUCGACGACAGAGAGCCCUAAACCAAAUGCAGAAACCCCAACAAAAGUCGAGGACACUGUGGUGGACCCCCCUACCCUUCCACCACUGGAUUUGGUCUCAGAGGAAAGCUCUGGAGGUGCUCAGUCCUGCCCCGGAGAAACGCCCCUGAAGUCAUCUGUCCCAGAGCAGGUGGUCUCUCAACUCAACCAGUUCCCGUCCCACGAGUUCAAGAGUGCUUUGGAGGAGACCUGCACCGCCACUGAUAUGGAUACACAGACCAACACAGCCACACCAGCUGGGCCUCCAAACCACAGUAGCACAUGUGAAAGUGGAAAAGUGACAGACUCGAGUAAUGACGAAAAAAAGGAGGCAGAGAUGGACAACAAGGAGCCAUGUCUCAAACAGGACAGUCAGAAGAAAGAUAUCCCCGACUCAUUACCGGCCUCUUCACCUCAGGCGACAGACAUCUGUGCUGCGGCACCUUCUCAGGAUCAGGAGAAAGCCAUUAGUGAACACAGCAUACCGUUAGGUGUGGAGUUCAUUGUGCCAAGGACAGGAUUUUAUUGCAACCUGUGUGGCUUGUUUUACAACAGCGAACAAACAGCCAAGACGUCACACUGUCGGAGUACAAUUCACUACAGGAACCUACAGAAGUAUCUGUCGCAGCUGGCGGAGGAAAGUCUCUUGAACUUCCACACGGAGUCGCCAAAAACUGAGUGAAGCUCACCUGAGACUGCCAUCACUGCUGGGAUACACUGAAUGAGAGACAG